CUUGCUUCAUUAUUAUAAUGUGACGUAGCUUAAACAUGUGAUUGGCUUAUGUCUCAACUCUGGCACUGAACGGAGUAUUGGUAGUCUUACGAAAACUUUUGAGUUUUUCUUUAAAACGUGUUGCUGAGACACGCGAGACAUGUUUUCUUGGAGUCGUUCUGUGGACGCCAAGUAUGGAGUGGCGGUGUGGAACUUCAAGCCAACUCAUGAGUGUCAUAUCCCCCUGCAGAUUGGAGAUACGGUCAACAUCCUCCAAGUGUUCGAAGGCUGGUACAGAGGAUACUCCCUGAAAAACAGAUCUGUAGUGGGAAUAUUUCCUGCAUCAAUCAUUCACAUCAAAAAUGCAACCGUUGAAAUCAGAGGUAAUCAAGAGAAUAUCAUUUCCAUGGAGAUGCCCCUGGUGCAAGAAAUCACAACCACCUUGAGGGAGUGGUCCAACAUCUGGAAACAGCUGUAUAUGACUGCUCAGGUGAGCAAGUUUCGUCAGGUUACCUCGAUGAUGUGCAACUUGAUAGAAAAGAGAUCUCAACUUCUCUCGGGGACCCUGCCACAAGAUGAACUGAAAGACCUGAAGCAAGAAGUCACCACCAAAAUAGAUGUUGGCAAUAAAAUGCUGGAGCUAGAUCUCGUUGUUCGAGAUGAGAAUGGCAAUAUCCUUGAUCCUGACCACACCAGUGUCAUCAGCCUCUUCAAUGCACACAAGCAGGCGAUGCAGCACAUCACAGAGAGGAUCCGCGAGGAAGUACGUAUCAGAAUCAGAAUGAGUACAAGCAGGUUUGCCCGGUUGUCCUCGACACCCACCCACACCCUUUUCAUGGUCCGCAACUUUGUCUGUAAAAUCGGGGGAAGAAGCAUGAACUCUUCAUGUCGCUUUAUGACCCCAGCGGAGCAGAAGAUAAUCAGCGAGAACUAUUUAUUCCGCUGGGCGAGUACGGGCUUACCAAAGGAAAUCGACAUGCUGAAUAAUUUGAAAGUGGUGUUCACGGAUUUAGGAAACAAAGACUUAAAUCGGGAGAGGAUUUACUUAGUGUGCCAGAUUGUCCGGGUGGGACGAAUGGAUCUGAAGGAAACCAAUGCUAAAAAAGUGACUCAGGGAUUGAGAAGACCAUUUGGAGUUUCAGCAAUGGACAUCACUGACAUCUUGAAAGGCAAAGCAGAAAGCGACGAGGACAAACACCAUUUUAUUCCCUUCCAACAAGUCACGGCUGAAAAUGAUUUCCUCCACACUUUAAUCCAUAAGGUUGUAGCUGCCAAAGACAUAAACCACAAAGGACAAGGUGUCUGGGUUUCUAUGAAGCUACUGUCUGGAGAUCUGAAGCAAAUUCGCAAGGACCAUCCUCAUCUGGUGGACAGGAACACAGUAGUUGCGAGGAAGAUGGGAUUUCCUGAGAUCAUCAUGCCAGGCGAUGUCCGCAAUGAUAUUUAUGUCACCCUGGUUCAAGGAGAGUUUGACAAGCAGAACAAGACCACCCAAAAGAAUGUUGAGGUCACGAUGUGCGUCUGUGAUGAAAAUGGAGAGAUAAUUCCGAAUGCGAUCUGCCAGGGGGCUGGAGACAAACCUGUCACUUGCUACCAAUCGGUGGUUUAUUAUCAGCUCAAGCAGCAGCGCUGGAUGGAGACCGUCAAGGUUGCUAUUCCCAUUGAGGACGUUCAGAAGACACAUCUUCGCUUCACUUUCAAGCACAGAUCUUCUUCUGAUUCUAAAGACAAGGGAGAGAAGAUAUUUGCAAUGGCAUAUGUGAACCUAAUGAAACCAGAUGGAACAACCCUGCGAGAUGGAGAGCAUGACCUGAUCUUGUACAAGGGUGACAGUAGGAAGCUUGAAGACGCCUCCAUCUACCUGAAUAAUCUGUCCAGCAAACAGAUGUGCGAUCAGAAGAUGAACCUGGGCUCCUCGUUCCGAAGCAGUGGUGGAGGUCACCCUAUAUGCUCAAGGGACAGCUUCCAGAUUUCCACCCUCGUCUGUUCAACCAAACUCACACAGAACGUGGACCUCUUGGGCUUGUUGAAAUGGCGCUCCAACAUCAUGGCUCUGAACGAGAAUCUGAGGAAGCUGAUGAAGGUGGAUGGAGGAGAAGUUGUCAAGUUCCUGCAGGAUACAUUGGACGCUCUUUUCAGUAUCAUGAUGGAGUUUUCAGACGACAACACAUACGACAAGCUGGUGUUUGAUGCCCUGGUAUUUCUCAUUGGGCUGAUCGCAGACAGGAAGUUCCAACACUUCAACGCUGUCUUGGAAGCCUACAUUCGACAGCACUUCAGUGCCACCUUGGCUUACAAGAAGUUGCUGUCUGUGUUGACUGAGUACGUGGACACCGCAAGCCGAGGCUUGGACUGCGAGCCUCUGAAACGAGCGUUCAAAGCGUUGGAAUACAUCUUUAAGUUCACAGUCCGUUCAAGAUGCCUGUUUUCGCAGCUCUAUGAGGGAAAGGAAAAGAAGGAAUAUGAAGAAUCAUUGCAAACACUGUUUGAGAAAUUUAACAUCCUGAUGAAGUCAACACUGGAAGGGAACACUUUACUUAUGCAGGGAGCUUCCCUCAAGUACUUGCCGACUGUCCUUCAAGAUGUUGCAACAAUCUUUGAUCCAGUCUUAUUGAGCCACUUGUUACGCGAUUUCAUCAAGAACCUUCCUCCGGAUCGAUUGGUGAAGCAGAAAUUACAGUCGAUGACAGCAAUCGUUGGCACUGCGCUCUUCAGAAAGGAAGAAUGCCGAGCCAUUUUGCUGCCCGUAAUGACCACCACACUGAAGGAACUGAUUCAGAAAGGUGAAGAGGAGGAGGCCUGCGUUGAAUUGCUCAGCAGCAUCCUGGAGGUUCUUUACCAACAAGAUGUGGGAAGUACUUACCAGGAUAUUCAGGACAUCAUGGAUAAGUUGCUUCGGACUGUGAACAAUGUUAUUAUGCUUGGGAGGGACCACAGCCUCAUCAGCAAUUACGUGGCUUGUAUGACAGCAAUUCUCAGCCAAAUGGAAUUUGCACAUUACGUCAAUUACAUCAAGACGUUCCAGACACGGCAGGACCUCAUGGACUUCCUAAUGGAGACCUUCAUCAUGUUUAAAGACCUCAUCGGCAAGAACGUAUAUCCGCCUGACUGGAUGGUGAUGAGUAUGGUGCAGAACAGGGUUUUCCUACAUGCUAUCAACCAGUAUGCAGAAACGUUGAAUAAAAUGUUUUUGAACAGCUCGAAUUUUGAGCUGCAGCUCUGGAACAAUUACUUUUACCUCACGGUGGCCUUCCUUACCCAGGAAUCUCUACAGCUGGAGAACUUCUCGAACGCCAAGCGGACAGCCAUCAUCUGCAAGUAUGGAGAUAUGAGAGGUGUCAUUGGAGCAGCAAUCCGAGAAAUGUGGUACAACCUUGGUCAGCACAAGAUCCGCUUCAUUCCAGGGCUGGUCGGGCCGAUUCUGGAGAUGACCCUCAUCCCUGAGGUGGAGCUCCGCAAGUCCACCAUCCCCAUCUUCUUCGACAUGAUGCAGUGCGAGUACCAGUACAAAGGGGAAUUCAGAGCGUUUGAGGAUGAGAUUAUCAAAAAUCUGGACCAUGAAGUGGAAGGUGGUCGAGGAGAUGAACAGUACAAGACCCUCUUUCAAAAGAUCUUGUUGGAGCUUUGCGGGAAAUCCCAAUAUCUAGCCAAGCAAGGUGAAUCCUUCGUUGCCCUGGUAACUGGCCUACUGGAAAGGCUGCUGGACUACAGGACUGUAAUGAAUGAUGAAAACCAGAACUACAGCAUGAAUUGCACCGUAAAUCUGCUGAAUUUUUACAAGGAGAUUGACCGAGAAGAAAUGUAUAUACGGUACCUGUAUAAACUCCGGGAUUUGCACAUCGGCUAUGAGAACUUCACAGAGGCCGCUUACACCCUCCUUUUGCAUGCCAAGCUACUCAAGUGGACAGAUGACCAAGUUGCUUUGCACAUCCAAGACUUCCAGGGUUCACAGACCCAGCGGCAGUUGAAGGAGAAUCUAUACAACAAAAUCAUUGACUACUUUGACAAGGGCAAGAUGUGGGAAGAAGCCAUUCAUCUCUGCAAGGAGCUUGCUGAGCAGUACGAAAUGGAGGUCUUUGAUUAUGGGCUGCUGAGCAAGACCCUGCAACGCCAGGCCAAAUUCUAUGAAAACAUCAUGCAGGUUCUGAGGCCCAAACCGGACUACUUUGCAAUUGGUUACUACGGCCUAAACUUCCCAAGCUUCAUCCGGAACAAGAUCUUUAUUCACCGAGGGAAAGAGUACGAGAGACGAGAGGAUGUUGAACAAUUCCUCCUGAACCAGUUCCCAAACGCAGAGAUAAUGAAGACCACAUCUCAGCCUGGAGAUGAGAUCAAGAAUGCUCCUGGACAAUUCAUCCAGUGCUUCACAGUCCAGCCAAUCCUGGCUGAGCAGGCGCACUUCCACAACAAGAACGUUCCAGAACAGAUCGUGGACUUCUACAAGUCAAAUAAAGUUCUGAAUUUCAGCUACUCCAGACCAAUCAGGAAAGGGCCAAAGGAUCCUGAGAAUGAGUUUGCCUCAAUGUGGAUUGAAAGGACGAUGUUCACCACUGCAUACAAGUUGCCUGGGAUUCUCCGCUGGUUUGAAGUAUUGCAGGUGUCCCAGACCUGUAUAAGUCCAUUGGAAAAUGCCAUUGAAACAAUGCAGACCAGCAACGAUAAGAUACUCACGAUGAUCAACCAGCACCACAGCGAUCCGAAGCUUUCUAUUAACCCUCUGUCCAUGCUUCUCAAUGGCAUUGUAGAUCCUGCAGUAAUGGGAGGAUUCGCCAAGUACGAGAAGGCAUUCUUCACUGAAGAGUAUAUGAGCAGCCACCCUGAAGACAUGGACAACAUCACGAAGCUAAAGGACCUCAUUGCAUGGCAGAUCCCACUACUGACAGAAGGGAUCAGGAUCCACGGAAGGAAGGUCACGGAAGCCCUGAAACCCUUCCACGAUCGGAUGGAGGAGUGUUUCGCUCAACUGAAGACCAAAGUAGAGAGUCAAUAUGGAGUGCGGGAUCUGUCAUUUUCCGAGGAGAGGCGAGGAGGGAGUGGAGGCGGGAGCCGGCCUCGUUCGAUGAUCCGAUCCUAUCGGCCUCUGUCACUCAUCUCCUCGAGUUCCUUGAGCUCCACAAGCUCCGACAGGGAGUCAUCCAAGACUGGCGGGGAUGGCAUGGAGCCACCGUUGCCAAGGAAACAAAGUGCUCGUUCCCUGGAAGGUAUAAUGAAAGACAUCGAGGAGAAGAAGAUGGCCAAGAAGGAGAAUAGGACCAGUGGACCAUGUGUCCCCACCAAAUCAGCCGUGUCCACCGCCUCCCUGGAUAUCACUGAGGAGCCUUCAAGGUCAUCCCAACCUGCAACUAACUCCAUUGAAAGUAUUCCGGAGCAGCCCGUCAAGGAAAGCAGUGCAGGAUACCCAGUUGCCGUGAUCAAUGGGUUCAGUGGGCUGAUAAAAAGUUCCAGGCCUCCACCACUGCCCAAGAAGAUUAACCCAAGUCUACUGGAGAACUUCAGUCAGGAUCCGGUGGAUCCUCAGACCUCUCCAGUCUUCCAGGGAUCGGGGAAAGAACAGUCCCAAUUUAAGGUUGCUUGCCCUCCAACCUUGGACAGUGUCAAAUCCCUCAAGUCCCCACCACCCCCUCCCCCACCAAAGAACAAGCGAGUGAUGCAGCCCCCAUCCAGCUGACCCUACAGGACAGGAGGGGCUCUGCCAACCUCAGCGAAGGACCCAGAGAACGACCGGGGCCAGGUCAAUGUGACGUGAUGUGAGAUCGCCUGGCAACAGAAUCAUAGUGUGAACCCUUCCCCUUCUAAUCACCAACUUAUUGUCCCCUAUUAAGAUUAUUCCUAAAUGAUGAUAAUGAUUGUUCCUUUCUAAAUAAAUAAACAUCUCUUUUUGUUUAAGGAUG